AUGGCAUUGGGCCCGAAUAAAACUAUGCAGCCCACUUGUUUCCAGUUACAACCACAACAACUGGCCGAUGACAACUUCAACAUUCACAUCUUAUUUUGUCAGUACAAGCAGGAGCUCGCGUUAUAUUCCAAACAACAGAUGUUCAUAGCAACAUACCAGUGUUCAACAGACAAGUUGAUCACCCCGCACUGCCCCGCCCUCCCCGCUCUCCCCCGGCCGCAGGCGGGGCCGGCGCGGGCGCCGCGUCGUGUCGCAAGCCUGCCUGUAGCAAUAUACUUGUACAUUAUACAAACAUCACCUCGUACGCUCUACACCUUCCUUUACAUU